UUAUUAUAUGCCCUUUAGUACUGAAGGAUCACGUUCAUAUCCGUGAAAGAAUUUUUAAAAUCGGUCCAAUAAAAAAAAGAUGUUGUCCAGCUUUAUGUUAUUAUUUAUACUUACAGUUUUUUUUCUAGUAACAGAAGUGUACUAGUCUAUUGAUGGGAUAAUAUUAUUAUCCCUUUAAAUCUGUAACUUACACACAUUCUUUAUCUCAAUGAUUCACCCUGUUUAAUACAUAAUGGUGGAAACUGUAUGUAAACUUUUUAAUUAUUAACGGGCUAUUGUAAGAAACUAGCUUGUUAAUACCUAAUAUUAUCAGAUUUAUUCUUUAAACAACAGAAAUCGCAAUAUGAUGGAUUUGCCAAUUGCGUCUUUCGUUUUUUUCUCUUUAUACAGCUGGAAAGCUACCAUAGGCCUACUUUUUCGUAAACUGCGUAGUGCAAUAUUAAAUAGCCUACGAACAAACAAAUAUUAAAAAUAUUGAUUCAUAGUUUCUGCAACCACCUCAAAUACGAUCACGAUUGCUGAUACUUUCCUAAAUAACGAAUGCUAUAAAACCGCAUUGAGUUUAGUUUAAGCUACAGUAUCGCAGGCAACUCUGUAGCAGAUAUUUAUAUUUACAGUACAAAAUAACUUGAAAACAAAAUGGCUUUAUUUUAUAAGACAUCAAUUUUGUUCGCAAUUUGUUCGAGUGCACUAUCAAAUCACCCGCCUUCCGGCUACUCGUAUAACCGCUUCAGUGGUCCAGUUAGCGGGAAAAUUAUUGAAGUACAAGUACCGGCAGCGCAUGGGGUACCUGCACAACAACAUGCGGACUACGGCUACGAUCACCAGACGGGCAAGAUCAACCCAGAAACAGCUAAAUAUGAUCGAUUGAAGACCGUCGACUAUGUUGCGAAACCAGACUACCAUUAUUCAUACGGAGUAGAUGAUCCUCAUACAGGCAACCAACAGAACCACAAAGAAUUCAGAGAUGGUGAUGUAGUUCAUGGUGAAUACUCUCUCGUUGAGCCCGACGGUUCCUUGAGAUUAGUCAAAUAUACUGCUGAUCCUAAAAACGGCUUCCAAGCAACAGUACAUAAGCAACAAGCGGCGCAUCCAGUGCCGCAGCCUGCCCAGUAUUCACACCAAAAUAGAGAAGAAGACAGCAACGACUAUUAGUUCAUAAUUUAUAAUACUUACCUCAGGAUUUGUCGUUACGGUACGUUAAGAUAGUUCUAUUUAUUUAUAAUUGUUAAAUAAAAAUAAUGAAAAUAAA